CUGGUGGAUUUUCAGAAGCGUUCUUCUCGAGAUACCAAUAACAUCUGACUGGAUUGGGUCCUAUUAAUCAUGAAAGUUUUGGUCUUUGCGGCCAUACUCGUGGCCGUUACCUUUGCCAGUAACAAAGGGCUAGAAAAUCAAACAAGCGACUCCCAAUGGCCGUGGCGAAGCGGAUACAUCUAUAAAUACGAUGUCGACUCCCGCACCCUCGCCAGCCUGCCCGGCAGCGCAGCCACAGGAUAUGCAUUUAGAGCACGGUUCAUCAUCCGCGUGAAGGCACCUGGCCAAAUUCAAGCCCGUCUUGAGAAGCCAGAGUACGCACAAGUUUACCAGGAGCUGGUAAACAAGGACUACCUUCCGGAGGACUUGAGCUACCAAGCGGUGCAGAAUCUCGAGAAACCAUUCGAGGUUCGUUUCGAAGGUGGAAGAGUAGUUUCUCUAAAUCUUCCCACUUCAGUUCAGCUGCCGCAAGAGAAUUUGCUCAAGGGUCUCAUCAGUGCUCUUCAAGUAGAUCUGUCUACCCACCGCAAUGUCCACAGCUCGCAUGAUACAUACGACAGAGAAAUCCAGCAAGGCUUGUUCCGCAAGUUCGAAACUGACGUAACUGGUGACUGCGAAACACUUUACACCAUAUCGCCCGUACCGGCUGAAUGGCGACGUGAACUUCCUAACUUCGUUGACCAAGAGGAGCCAAUUGAAAUAGGAAAAAGCAAGAACUACGGCCACUGCCAUGGCCGCGUCGACUACCACUUUGGUGUUCCAACUGGCGCUGAAUGGACCGGUAACGCUCAUCAAGUAUACAAAGAUCAACUCAUUAAGCGAGCUACUGUAUCCAGAAUCCUCGCAGGAAAGACUGGUCCCAUCUACAAAGCGGAAACCACGAGCACAGUUAACGUACACCCGCAAAUGUAUGGCAAGCAAAACGCUGAAGUUCUCAGCAAAGUGACACUUCAUUUAGUGACAUAUGAACAGGAUAAUGAGUCUGAAUGGGAAGCGCCCGAGAACUACCGCCAAGUUCAAAGUUUGUUGUACUCAUUGACCCAUAAGCAAGUGAAGAAUUGGGACAGCUCAUCUUCGUCAUCAUCAUCGUCCUCUGAAUCACAUGAGAAACACCACUCUCAUUCGCACGCCCAUGUUCGCGAACGUCGUUCUGCUAGACCAAAAGUUGUAGCUAUAAACAAAGUUGUCGUCAAGCGUGGAAAGGACAGCUCAAGCUCAUCAAGCUCUUCAAGUUCUAGUUCUGAAUCUGCUUAUGUAAAUGACGAGAUUCCAUCCAGCGAUGAACCAGCAUACGCAGCUUUGUAUAUGAACCCUCAACCUCACAGUGACAAGAAACAAAACACUAUGAAUGCUCAGAAACUUCUUCAAGAGUUGGCUCAACUUUUGCAAAACCCGAAUAACAUGCCGAAAGGAGAUUUCCUGUCUAAAUUCAACAUUCUUGUGCGUGUGAUCGCUUCCAUGAGCUCCAGUCAGUUGAGCCAACUGACUCACAAUAUUGAAGUUGUUAAGUCAGCAAAUGAAGUCGUACGUGACGAUAUGUGGAUGAUCUACAGAGACGCUGUCACUCAAGCUGGAACCCUGCCUGCUUUCAAACAGAUCAGAACAUGGAUACAAAGCAAGAAAAUCCAAGGUGAAGCAGCUGCACACGUCGUAUCCGUCCUGUCUCAAUCACUCCGCUAUCCAACGAAAGAAGCUAUGUCUCAGUUCUUUGAACUUGCAAUGAGCCCAGAGGUUAGAGAGGAAAGCCCUCUUAACACCACACUGCUUAUUGCCGCUACAAGGUUUAUUAACAUGGGUCACGUCGACAAUCACACUGCUCAUCACCAGUAUCCUACUCAUAUGUACGGUCGCCUGGCUAAGCAACACGAUCGUUUCGUCAUUGACGAUAUUUUACCUCGCUUGGCGAAGGAAAUGAAUGAAGCUAUUGAACAAGGUGACAGUCACAAAGCUCAAGUUUACAUCAAGGCUAUUGGUAACCUUGGCCACCGCGCUAUUCUGCAAAUCUUCGCACCAUACCUAGAAGGCAAAAAGCAAGCAACGACUUACAUAAGGGCGAGAAUGGUGGAAAACCUGCAGAUCCUGGCUCUACAAAAAGACGGACAUGCACGUGCAGUGCUUUACAGUAUCUUAAGAAACACUGCUGAGCCCUACGAAGUUCGUAUUGCAGCUAUCCGUAACAUCAUGAUAUCAAACCCAAGUGGUGCAAUGAUGCAAGCCAUGGCUGAAAUGACACACGAUGAUCCAAGCAUUCAAGUGCGUGCUAUGCUGAAAUCCGCUAUAUUGACUACAGCGGAAUUGAAGAACUCAAACUACUUUAUGCUGGCAAGAACGGCUAGGUCUGUCAGAGGAAUGCUUACCAAAGAACAGUUUGGACCACAAUAUUCUGGAAAGAAUGUGAUGGAGUUUGACAAUGAUGACAAGUUGGGAAUUGUAAGCUUGUACUCGACUGUUGGCAGUGAAGAUAGCUUAUUCCCCAAGACAUUCAAAUAUACCAAGAAGACCAGGAUUGGAGGAUGGCAAAAAGUUGAUAUGUUCGGAGUAUCAAGCUCAAGCUCCGAGAGACUGGCUAGCUUGUUGAUGGAUACAUUCAUGCAAGUGGUAUCUAACAAACAAAGCAAGGACUAUGGCAGUGGCCCGAACCACAAAUACUCGGCAAGCAAGAUCUCAGAAAUGCUCCAAAUCCAACGCCCAGAGGAAGAGCCCUUGGAAAGUUCUAUUUACAUGAACCUGCUAGGCCAACAGAGACUGUAUACCUUCAAUGAAAAUGAAAUGAACGAAAUUGGCAACAUGAUGAAGCAAUAUAUAUCUGAACUAUCACAAGGCACAACGAAACAUUACACCAAUGUCUUGAACCAGAACCAGGUAUCGAUCAUGUUCCCAGUUGCAUCUGGUAUGCCUUUCAUAUAUAAGUACAAGGAGCCAAUCGUAGUACGUGUCAGAGGAAAAGCGAUCGGAGAAAUUGGAACUUCUGACAAGAAUGAGUUCAAGGCCUCAACUGACAGAGAGGUUCACUACACUUAUGCUCAGAACUUUGAUGGAAGUGUUGGAUUCCUGGACACCCUUGGAAACAGAAUCGCGACUGUGGGAGUAGUAACAAAACUGCAAAUUCAUGUUCCUUACAAAAUCUCCAUACAAGUUCUACCUGAUAUUGUGAAAUUCAGUGUACAACCUCUUGACCCUGAGCAGGAUACAACUAUUGCCCAUUACAGCGUAUGGCCUUAUGCAGCGAACCAACAAAAAGAUUCACUAGCAACAGUUUCUCACGAUCCUACCACGAAACUUAUCAGCCGACCAAACAAGGUUGUGGCUUUUGAUUACAAGUUCGGACAGAAAGUUGGCAUGCUCUUCCAAGGACAAGGCUACUCAUAUUCUGAAGAUUACAGGAACAUUGCCAAAUUAUGGAGGUCGGACAACGUUUGGUACAAUCUGAUCACCGCUCUCAAGCAAAACGAUGUUGCUCAGACUCACUACAACUUGAAAUAUCUUGGAAAGCAGUCUAGGACUAAAGCAGUGAAAUUCACAGCCGUCUAUGACGUUGUUUACAACCAAAAGCAGGAAGGUCAAAUGUCUCCAGUAGCAAGUGAACAGCAGGACGUUUCACCGAACAGCGAAAAUCGUCGUGGUCAACUGUUGAAACGCGUUUCUACUGGAAUUAACACGUCUAAGUCCCGCGUAUUGGAUUUGGCUUUAACUUUCGACGGAGCUCAGAAACAGGACUACGUUGCGACGUUUGCAUUAGCUCAUAGCCCCGUCGACCCUAAGGUGCAAUUUGCAUUCUUCGCCGGCAGCAACCCCGACCAAACGGGAAUGGAGCAAAUCAAUGUUGUGGGCACGUUCACUAAGCCUUCACAGAUAUCUCCGCUGAACUUCCCCGAAGCAUUGAAACAGAACCCAAAGAUGAGCUUCGAAACUGACAUCCGAUUUGGCUCCAAACAAAACAUCAAUAUCAGGGGUAACGGUGAAAGAAGCCAGCAAUACACUGAAACACUACGUAACCAUCCAUUGGCCAAACAGUGCAUUGAACAAGUAGCAAAGGAAAAUUAUUACCAAGAGGCUUGUCAACAAAUGAUCAUAAGAGCUCAUGCGCCUAACAACUUUAGAUUCACUGUGUCAUACAAGGACUUGAGCAACUCAGUAAGGGGCAUAUGGACCCAAAUGCUUAGAAUUUCACAAGGCUGGACUCUCUGGAAGUCUAUGGUAGAUGUAUUGAGGGCUCCACUCGCCGCUGAUGGAAAAUUAGACAUUAUCGCUGAGGCCUCAUACCCGACAAACACAUUAGACUUGAAGCUUAACUCCCAGUUUGGUGAAAUGCGCUUCAGAGAUAUCGCCAUUCCACGUGGUAGUGCUUACGCCUUAUCCAUCUACUGGCCAAUCCAGUCCCAUGAAAAUGUACUAAACUACUUUAGCAGAUCUCAAUAUCUACCCUAUUGUACUGUUGACGGAUCCAACGUAAGGACUUUCAGCGGUCGCAGCUAUGACUACCCGCUGAGCCGAUCAUGGCAUGUUGUUCUGCAAGAUUGGAAACAGAAGGAGCAGGAGCAGUUAGUGGUUUUGGCUAGAAAACCAACGCAGAAGAACUUGGAAGUUUACAUCUCAUACAGAGCUCCAAGCGGCCAAGACUUAGAAAUCGAAGUACAACCGACCCAAGGAAACAAUCCCCCGAGUGUGAAAGUACAGACCAGCGCUAACAAGGUUUCCGAAGGUGAUCUCACCGUAUACUGGGACGGCGAGGCCGAGAGGCCCAUCCUCGACUACUACACAGACAAGAGCGGCGUCUGGAUCAUGAACAUCAGGGAAGGCCGUCUCCGCAUCAUGUACGACGGUGAGCGACUCGUCACUCUAGCCAGCAAGAACCGUAACAACAACCGCGGUAUCUGUGGAUACAUGAGCGGGGAACCUCGCGACGACUUCUUUACGCCAAACGGUCUCGUCGACAAGCCCGAACACUACGGAGCCUCGUACGCCCUCGACGACGGCAACAGCGACCCGCAGACCAGGGAGCUCCAGAACCAAGCUAAGAGCUCAGCGUACCAGCCGCAGCAGAGAUUCACAGCUAUCCUCCGCUCCGACGAGCAGUGGAGAGCGGGCAUGCAAUCCUCAUCAUCGGAGGAGGAGUGGGGAUCGCAGGACGUGUACAGGUCCAGGAGCUACCUUAGGGAGCAGGGUCCUUGCAAAGUGCAAAAGCAAGUUCAGUAUUACGAGAACUACGGUGAGAUCUGUAUCUCCACCAAGGCCCUCCCGGCCUGCCAGUCCCACUGCACGGGUGACAACUAUAAGGUGCAGGGGGCGCAGAUGGUGUGCCGACCGAAGCUAGACCAACAGUUCCAGGCGUACAGGGACCAAAUUCGCCAGGGUGGUAACCCUAAGAUCAGCGGAGUGCCCCAGCCCAAGCAGUACAGGGUACCCGGAUCUUGCAGAGCGUAAACAUCACAAACUACAAACCAACGACGAGGCAUGUUAACGAUAACGAAUAAACAUAAUUUUGUAUCAUAUUAUUAUAACGUACUUAUAGAAUAUUUCGGCUUUAUAGUAUUUAUGUAUCCAAAUUUUAUAUCGUUUGUAUAUAUAUUUAUUGUUUAUGUAUUUAUUUGUGCUUAUUAUAGUAUUAUUAUGAAAACUUAGAAUAGACAUAAGCAGCAAAUGAAAAAAUACCAAAAAAAUAAAGUAACUUAGGAAAUAUGUUUUG